GCCAAAACCCAUGUGAAAUCUGGCACAAAACCUUUAAGUAGCCCAAGAAAUAUAGGAGUUGAUUUCGAGAGAGAGAGAGAGAGAGAGGUGGCAUUCAUGGAUAAUUGGCUGGGGCUGGCACCAGGGUUCAGAUUCUACCCAACUGAAGAGGAGUUGCUUCUAUUCUAUCUGCCGAAGAAGAUAGAAGGAAAGAGACGGGACCUGGAACUGGUUAUUCCGGUUCUUUACAUCUAUCAGUUCAACCCUUGGGAUCUCCCACCAGAACAUGCAGGAGAUCUUUGUGGCAAAGACACGGAGCCGUGGUUUUUCUUCAUCCCUGGGCAGGAUCAUCAUCAGCAUCGUCAGGAUCACCACGAUCAUGAUCAUGCAGAGAGGGAAUCGGGUCGAGCCCCUGGAAGGCAAAACAGGCUGACAGCUUCAGGGUACUGGAAGGCAACGGGGAAUGUUGGGUAUGUGUAUUCUUCGUCGUCGUCCUCUUCGUCAAUAAUGUCAAACGUCGUCCGAAUCAUCGGAGAGAAGAGAACCAUGGUGUUCUACAUGGGGAGAGCUCCUUGCGGGAUCAAAACUAAAUGGAAGAUGAAUGAAUAUAGAGCCAUUGAUCAACAAGCCUCAACUACCACCGGUAGUACUGCAACUCCUAAGUUAAGAAGAGAGUUCAGCCUCUGCAGACUGUACACAAAAUCAAAAAGCUCCCACGCGUAUGAGAGGCGGCCGCCAGGGGCGGCGGCAACCCCAAAAGUGGUGCCCCGCCAACUACCUUAUGGGGCAACAACAUCUCAUCAUGAUCACCAGAACGUCUCAGAGAUGGAUCAGAGAACAGCCUUACUGCAAGAGAGAGAGAAUAAUUAUAGCGAAAUUAAUCACUACUGUUUAACUACUACUGCAGCAGGAUUAGUACUUAGUGAUCAUCAUCAUCAUGGUCACUGGAAUAUGGCUUCUGAUAACAUUGAUGCUAUGGGGGAUCUCAAACAUCUGGAUUGGCUUUUAGGAGAAGAUCAAGAGUUAAAAAAUAAUAGUUGGUUGUACUAGUUAUGACUUUGGUGGUCUUUAGGUUUGUUGCUUUGUCCUUUCGAGGUAGACUUGUUAUAAUUUUGGCAAAUGUCUUUACUUUCUACCUUAAUUUAGUCAAUAUUACUUGGAUUUUGAUUU